UGACUAUUGUCCUGUGUCGCUCCUGGUCACUGGGUGCCAACGGGCAGCAUACUAUUGACAGACCCUGAAUUAUCUGCUGGAAAUGGGCAGAAGCGAGAAGAUGCAUGACCUUCGGGAUGGAUGUGUGCAGGACUGACAAGACACCUUCUGGAGAGAGCUGAUCCUUCAGAUACCCCCGACAACCUUGAAGAUGUUUAGAUACCCUUCUCCAUGGCAGGUGCUAUGCAGCAAUUUAGAAAGAAGGGAACAGGUGCCAGAAAAUACAGAAAAUGGAAGCCCAAAGGUAUUCAUUUUAGAAAAAGAGAACAUAAUUGAGCAGUAUGUUACAGACUCCAAGCCAUUUGACAUAGAAAUCUCAACAGAAUAUGAGAUUGUUAGUUCAUCUGAAACUCUAGCACUUCGGUCAGAUGUAACAAAGAGAAGCAAUAUCUUAGAAUGUGAACCAGAGAUAACGGCAAAAAAUUAUCCAACGUUGCAAGUAACAAGUAUAUAUACAGAUAGUGACAAAAUAUAUGUUGCUAAAGAGCAGGAGGAAAAUAUAACUGACUCACAGACCAACACUGAUGCCUCAGUAUCAACCAUGGAUAGAAUAACCAGGAGAAUGUUCUCUUCUUUUUCGUCUAACCAACGUAUUAAUGGUUCUCAGCAAGAUUUGACUAAUUCUUCUGAGGAAACCCAAGCAACACACGAGAUUGAUGCAAAAAAGGAGAUAUGGUAUUCUUCACCUUCACCUGAUCGUCGCCUAAAAGUAUUAAGGGGGGGGGAACGUUUUGAGAUACGGUCACAUCUUCCCGAAACAAGUCCAACAAAGUUAUUUGUAGAUAGUGAUGAAGAUGCUGAUGAGGAGGAAUUCAAACCCCGAUCUCGUGACCUUAUUCCAGAAAAGGUACUUGCACUUGAGAAGGACCGUAGAGAUAUAAUUAAAAAACAAGGUCAGCGUAAAAGUUUGGACACAGAAGAAGUGAUCAAUAUAAGCAACAAAAAUAUGUUAAACUCCGAUGUAGAUUUCACUGGAAGAGAAGGUGAAGAGAACAAGCCAAAUAUACACAUAGAACAGAUUAAUUUUGAAUCUGCAAGACAGCAAUUUAUAAAGUUGGAGAAACAGAGGAAUAGUCUUCCCAUAAUGCCCCGUCCUCAGCCAAGGCAAUCUUGGGUAAAUACACGCUCUCUACGUGAAAAUUAUGAGGUAACAAAAGUGAAGGAAGACCAGGAAGGUAAGACACAGAAAGAAGAAUAUAUUGUAAACCCAGAAAUUACUGGAAAAGAUGUGAGCUCAAGUAUUCUACAUGAACAGUUCCUAAAAACUCUGUCUUUGGACUCUGUGGAUAAUGGAGAACAGGAGAUUCAUGAAGAAAAAGAGAGCAUUCCCAACCCCAGUGAUGAAACACCUAUAGAAAGGGAAAUUCGCCUAGCACUGGAGAGAGAGGAAAGUUUGAGGAAAGAAAGAGGAAUUUUAAGUUUUGGGGAAACAAAUGAGAUCAUAGAAAUUUCCAAAAAUCCUGUGCUUGCUGAUUUGUCAGACAUUCCCCUUUCCAAAAAGAGCAAAAACAGAGCUCACACCUCUUUAUUCAUUCAAAGGGAGAUCGAAAAAGAGGUCCAGAGAGAGGCUGAUUUAAAAAGUGAAGGCAGAGUGGCAGGACUUUAUGAUAAAGGUAAUUCCCAGGAACUAGAUGAGCGCAGAAGGUUGUUUGAGCAGCCAGAUGAAAUUCCUGUUCAGCCACAGCAUGGGAUAAGCAACAAAAUAACAAAAGUGACGGAGGCAGAUUUAGAAACUGAUAAUGACUCAAAGAACUGGUCAAGUUUAGAUUCUCCUCAACCCUACAGUGUACGAAUGAAGUGGAAGCCAUCACCAUUCAAUGCCUACAGAAACAGGAGGCUCAGUGCAGACAACAUUUUAGAUGUAAAGACUCCUCUAGAAAGAUCUUCAGAACAGGAAUCUUCAGGGGAAACUUUUGUAUUGCGCAAAGAGAAUUUCCAGGUUCAGCCUUUGAAAUUCACCUUACCUCUUCAAGACAAUGAUGUAGAGAUUGAUAGGGACCAUAAGGUAGGCCAUGGAGAGAGGUACAAUAAAAUGCUAAGACCUUCACUUUCCAACAUCAUUGAGCAAGAAAUCCAGCAAGCAUUAGAAAGGGAUCGGGAGCUACAAGAAGAGAGAGAAAAAAGUGGACUUCUUCCAUUAAAAAUAGAAACUGAUAAUGAGUUAAAUACCCCACACAAUGGAUAUGACACACAUGAUGGGACUUCAUCAUUAACCUCAAAUGUUUCAAACACAUCUUCUUCUGCACCUUGGAAAGGUACCCUGGGCAAUAAAACCCCAUCCUAUGAUAGUUCCAUAGUGCCGAUUUUUAGAACACACAGAAACCCGAACUUUGAAGCUUCUGAGUCAAGUGGAGACAGGCUAAAAAGACAAGAAAACCGGUAUGCAGGCAUUGAUCAGAGUGAUGCUGUCAACACUGAGAUUGUGGAAUCCACCCGUGUAGUUCGGCACAAAAAUACAAUGGCUCUACGGUGGGAAGCUGGUCUAUAUGUAAACGAGCAAGGCGAUUAGAUCUCUGUCAUUUUGCAAUCUGUAUCCUAUUUAGCGAAUGUAUGUUUUUUAUGAGUUCCAGGCAGGCUGACAUAUUGCUCUACUGUGGCCCUAGGAAGUCAGGACCCUGUAUUUUUCACUUUCAUUGACUAGGUGAUACAAUUGUUUGUGUUGUUAUAAUACGUGAUAAAUUGAAUUAAAGGGGUUUUCCAGGAUUUUAAUAUUGGUGAAACUAUACACUUGAAUAGGACGGAGCGUCCCAUAGAAGCGAAUGAGAUGGCUUGUAAUUACACCUGUACUCCGCUGCUAUGUCGAC